AUCACAAUCCCAGGAAUCUUCAUAUUCAUAUACAUAUCAACUUUAACAACCCUUUCCUUGCCUAUUGUUUUAUAAUUUCAUUUUAUAUAAACAGUGGACCAAACCAUUCCCUGUGUGUAUCUUGCCUUUUAAGCACUCUUUUCCUCCCCCUUUCUCUCUUUUCUUUCUUCCUUCUUUCAUUUCAUCAGCCUCUCAAAUUUGUUCUCCAUACUUGAGAGCAUGCCUGAAUGUCCAGAGAAAGGGAGAGAUUUGAGGAGAUAGGGAAGAAGAUAAAGAGAGAAGCAGAUGUUUCAUGUAAUUAUCAGACGCGAAGAAGGCAUAUGUUGGGUCCUACCGGAACCCUAAAUACCAUUACUCCGUGUGCUGCCUGCAAACUCCUGAGGCGUAGGUGUGCUCAAGAGUGCACUUUCUCUCCAUACUUCUCCCCACAUGAACCCCAAAAGUUCGCUUCUGUUCACAAAGUGUUCGGUGCCAGCAAUGUCUCCAAGAUGCUGAUGGAAGUACCGGAGAGCCAACGUGCGGACACAGCCAAUAGUCUCGUUUACGAGGCGAACAUGAGGCUACGAGACCCGGUGUAUGGGUGCAUGGGUGCUAUUUCAGCUUUGCAGCAGCAACUUCAAUCUUUACAAGCAGCACUGAUUGCAGUAAGGUCUGAGAUAAUAAAAUACAAGUGUAGGGAAGCUAACCUUAUACCACCUUCUUCCCAUGUAGCCAUGCUCUCACCCGGGGUUGUUUCGGUGGCUGCACCACCACCGUCCACCACUCAACCACCGCCUCCUUCUCUUCCUACAACUACCGUCGUUACUACAUGUUCCAUAUACGCUCAACCCACCACCGCCGCAGACUAUAGUACCAUUUCAAAUGAUAAUGCUUCCUACUUUGGGUAAAAAAAUAUUAUUACCUAGACUGACAACUAAAGAAUCCCCAUUUAUUUUUCUCGAGUAAAAAGAGGAAGAUAAAUGAGUAUCUUGUUUCAUUUGCCUUUUGUUUUGUUUAGUCACUCAAACAAUUUGAUACACUCCACAUAUGCCUUUUCACCUAUAAUUGUUGGUUGAUGUCUUUCUUCUACAUAUGCUUUAUUAUCUUGAUGUCCACUUCUCUUUACUAUUUUCCUUGAUGAAUAAUACAAUUAAACCAAAUGCUUCAAUUGUA